AUGGUGCUUGUAACUGAAGUUAGGAAACUGGGAAUGUCAAUCGUCAAGUCACAAAGGCUCAGAGAGAACAUCCUAAAACUUAAUGCUGGUUCUACUGACAUAUGUGGGAAGCGUAUGGUGUGUGGAACUAAAGGGCCCUGGAGCUAUUCAGAUUUCCCCUCCCCUAUCCCCAUUCCGCCACAAGCUCCUGCGCCUUUGAGAAGACUCCACAUUCUCGUGAGGAUGCGGGUCCUUCGAGAAAGCAUGGACAGAGGAAAUUGGGAAGAUCACAUCCUUUUUCGCUCACCACCCAAAUCCAUGAGCAUCAUGCUGUCAAAGAUUGCCAAGUUUCAAUCUUUCGACGAAACACUUGAUGCCUUGCAAAAGGAUGAAGGUUUGAGAUCGAAGAGUUCAAUGUCCUGCUUCGAGCCUUCUGCACUCAGAGAGAAAUGA